AUGAGCGCUAGGGUUUCUGCGCUGCCAGAUCUGUUUUCAGAUUUCCGCUUUCUCGAUUCCCAGCCAUUUCUUCAGAAAAUCAACAUGUUUUGGCGCAUGGCUGGUUUGUCCACGGCAUCGCCGGUGGAGACCAUUUUGGAUAAGGAGAACUUUACUUUGGAUGAACUACUUGAUGAGGAUGAAAUUAUUCAGGAAUGCAAAGCCCUCAAUAGUCGCCUUAUAAAUUUUUUGUCUGCAAAAGCACAGGUUGAACAGUUGAUAAGAUACAUCAUUGAAGAAGCUCCAGAGGAUGCUGAAAAGAAGCGAUCUUUUAAGUUUCCCUUUAUUGCUUGUGAGAUAUUUACCUGUGAAGUUGAUAUUAUACUCAAAACUCUUAUAGAGGAUGAGGAAUUGAUGAAUUUGUUGUUCUCCUUUUUGGAUCUAAAUCACUCCCAUAGUAACCUACUAGCAGGAUAUUUUAGCAAGGUAGUUGUAUGCCUGUUGUUACGUAAGACAGUUCCUUUCCUGCAAUAUGUUCAAACCAUGAUGCAUUUUCUGUAA